CUAAAUUCUAAUGACGUGACUGGUGUGGUGAGUGAUCCGAAAAGAGAAAGAAAAAGAAAAAUGGCGUCGAUAACAGGACCGCACAUUCUACUACACUCUCGCUCUCCAUCGCUCAAACUCAAACCCUUCCCAAAUUCACUAUUCUCCUCAAAACAAGCUUCUUCUCCUCAUCGUCAUCGUCAUGGUAGCACCUUGUGUUCCGUCAAUUCAAUUUCCAUCGUCCCCGACCUCCUCGAUUACCUCAACCACUCCUGGACCCAAUUCCACGCCACAGCGGAGGCUAAACGACACCUAAUCGCCGCCGGUUUCCACUUGCUUCACGAGAACCAAGAAUGGGACCUCAAGCCCGGUGGACGCUACUUCUUCACACGCAACAUGUCUUGUCUCGUUGCUUUCGCCGUCGGAGAAAAGUACAAUGUCGGCGACGCUUUUCACGUCAUAGCGGCGCACACCGACAGCCCCUGCCUCAAACUCAAGCCCAAAACGGCGUCGUGCAAGUGUAACUACUCGAUGGUGAAUGUGCAGACUUAUGGAGCUGGCUUGUGGUACACUUGGUUUGAUAGGGAUUUGAGCGUUGCUGGGAGAGUCAUUCUCAGAAGCACCGCUAACUCUUACGUGCAUAAGCUUGUCAAAGUCGAUAGACCCAUUUUGCGCAUUCCCACACUCGCCAUUCAUCUUGACCGCACAGUGAACAAGGAUGGUUUUAAACCGAAUCUAGAGACUCAACUUCUUCCUUUACUUUCUAUGAAACAUGAGGACGCUUCUCUCGAAUCCAAGGAGAAGACUAGUUCUUAUCAUCAUCCACUGCUUAUGCAGGUUCUGUCAGAUGAGUUGAACUGUGAUGUUGAUGACAUAGUGAAUAUUGAACUGAAUGUUUGUGAUACUCAACCUAGCUGCCUUGGAGGUGGAAACAAUGAAUUUAUUUUUUCUGGAAGAUUAGAUAAUCUAGCUUCAAGUUAUUGUGCAUUAAGGGCACUUAUUGACUCCUGUGAAUCUCCUGGUGACUUAGCAAGUGAACAUGCAAUUCGGAUGGUUGCUUUAUUUGACAAUGAAGAGGUGGGUUCAGGUUCUGUUCAAGGAGCUGGAGCACCCACCAUGUUUCAGGCCAUGAGACGUAUAGUUAGUGAUUUAGCGAGUGACUAUGUCGGUGAAGGCACUUUUGAGCGCACUAUACGCCAAUCAUUUCUUGUGUCUGCAGAUAUGGCCCAUGGAGUUCAUCCAAAUUUUAUGGAUAAGCAUGAUGAACUCCACCGACCAGAGCUGCAGAAAGGAUUGGUUAUCAAGCACAAUGCAAACCAGCGCUAUGCUACUAGUGGAAUCACAUCUUUUCUUUUUAAAGAAGUUGGAAAAAUCCAUAACCUUCCAACCCAGGAAUUUGUGGUCAGAAAUGACAUGGGAUGUGGAUCAACCAUAGGUCCAAUACUUGCUUCUGGGGUUGGCAUACGAACGGUUGACUGUGGUAUUGCUCAACUUUCAAUGCACAGUAUAAGGGAAAUAUGUGGCAAGGAAGAUAUAGACAUUGCUUACAAGCAUUUCAAAGCUUUCUAUCAAAGUUUUUCGAGCAUAGACAAGAUGCUGACUGUGGAUAGCUGAGCUAUGUUUUUGAGCUUGUGUUUGGCACCACAGUUGCAUUUUCUGAGGAAGCCUUGAUGGUGAAAUCAGCACGAUGUUUUACGAUGGCUUUGGAUUCUCUGCUUCAACAUGAGACAAAACCUGAUUUCCCUCCUUCAACGUAAGCAGAUGAACUUUCUUCCUUAGCUUCUAGAUGGAUUAUGCCAGGAUUUUGUUUUGCAAAUAUGACUGCGUUCCGAUUCUUUCUAUUUCCCAAAGGGUACUUGUAAAUACAUUAAAUUAAAAUAUGGAUUUUCUUGCCAGCGGUUCUUAGAAUGUUGGAGUACAUGGUAAGAGUAGCACCAUUAAAUCUGAA